GGAGAAGAUCCAUUUAAUUUACGUUAUGUACGUAUAAUAUCUUCCUUAGAUGAGAUAGAGGAAUAUAUAAAAGAGGAGCCAACACCUCCUGCUGCUGCUGCUGCUGCUGCUGCUGCUGCUGCUGCAGCAGGUGCAGCAGGUGCAGGAGGAGGAGGAGGAGGAGGAGGAGCAACAGGAGUAGGAGGAAUAACAGGAGGUAAUAAUAGAAAAAAACAACACCCUCCUUGUGUCCUAUUAGCUGCACCAGGUAUGCUACAAGGAGGUGUAUCCUUAGAGGUAUUCAAGUAUUGGGGAAAAGAGAAGAAAAAUAAGAUAAUAUUUACUGGUUAUACAGUAAGAGGAGAAGAAAAAGGAGAUAAUAAAGAAGAAGAGAUAGAGGAGGAAGAAGAAGAGGAAGAGGAAGAGGAAGAGGAGGGGACAGAAGAAGAAGAAGAGGAGGAGACACAGGAGGAAGAAGAGGGGACAGAAGAAGAAGAGGAAGAAGAUAAUAAUAAUAAUAAUAAUAAUAAUAAUAAUAAUAAUAAAGAGGGAGAAGGAGAAGAAGAAGAAGAAGAAAAAGAAGAAGAAUUAGAUUGUUUGCUACUGCAGCAAGACGGAGAUCAUCCUGUGCUGCUAGCAGCAGCAGAAACGGAGACACUUGCUGGUGUUGCUUGCUGCUGCUUGCUGCAGCAAAUAAGUGUCUCCUUUCCUCUUCCUUUAUAUGUACUUAUGCAUGCAGCUAGACAAAUCUUUGAUGAUGUACAGCCUGUUCUCUGUACAUGCAGCAACAGCAGCAGCAGCAACAGCAGCAGCAGCAGCAGCAGCAGCAGCAGCAGCAAGAAGGGUACAAAAGAUGAUGGUUGCUGCAACACAUGCGGCUUUGUUGUUUCUUCAUGUGUUACUGUACAACGAUUACCUGAUGAGCAGCAACAGCAGCAGCAGCAGCAGCAGCAGCAGCAGCCGGAACAGCAGCAGCAGGAGCAGCAGCAAAAGGAAAAGGACAAGGAGCAGCAAGAAGAGGAGCAGAGGGAAAAGGAGCAACAAGAACAGUUGCUACAGGAGCACCUUCAGCAGCAGCAGCAGCAGGAUGAGGAAGAGGAGGAGGAGCAGCAGCAGCAGCAGCAAAUAGUACGUUAUAAUGAAUUAGAGGCAGUAGCAUUAUUAAAGGCAGUAGCUGCUGCACCUCCUGCAUCUGCUGCUCUAUCUCCUGUUGCUGCAGCAGCAGCAGCAGCAGCAGCAACAGGAAAUAUAGAGGUAAGAUGGGAGUCUAGUCCUUCUGCUGAUUUAUUAGCUGACUCUAUCCUCUUCUUAUCUUGUGAUUUGCUACGUCUACGGAUUUGCUGCGGAGGAGACGCAGCAGAUGCAUGCAGCAGCAGCAACAGCAGCAGCAGCAGCAGCAGCAGCAGCAGCAGCAGCAGCAGCAAGGAGGCGAUGCAGCAAAUAGAGCUGCUGCAGGUUGUUAAGCAACAUCUAGAGGAACAGUAUGGGCCUAUUAAGAUUUGUAUAAGGCAAAGAGGCAAACAAAUAGACACAGGAGGAGGAGGAGGAGCAGCAGCAGCAGCAGCAGGAACUCCAGCAGCAGCAGCAGCAGCAGCAGCAGCAGCAAGUGGAGCAGCAGCACUAAGUGCAGCAGGUGGGAUGAUUAGAGAGGUGUCUAUAGAAGAAGCAGCAAACAUAGAUGAAGAUAUUUACUCUUUGUGUCUUGUCUUCCAUACAGCAGCAGGGAAAUCAGCAGCAGCAGCAGCAAAUGCAGCAGCAAAUGCAGCAGCAGCAACAGGAAAAGCAACAGCAAAAACAGAGCCAGCAGCAGCAACAGAUGAUGACAGAUUGGCAAUCAAGUCAGAAUCUGCUGCUGCUGCUGCUGCUGCUAAAGGAUCAGAUGCAGCAGCAGCAGACAAGGAUACAGCAGCAGCAACUGCAGCAACUGCAGCAACUGCAGCAGCAGCAGCAGAUGGUAAGGAGGGAGGUGUCUCCUCAUCUAUUGAGGAGACAGUUGAAGUUUGUGUCGACUUCACAGAGAGACAGGUCUACUGCAGCAACCCCACACUGCAGCAAAAGGUUAGGAGUACGGUAGCAGCAGUAGAGAAGGGACUCCUUCCUGCUGUACUCCCAUGGUAA